UGUCACAGAAGAAAUACGGUAAUGCCUCUCAGGGACAGAUGUGAAACAUUAACAUCUUCCCAUCACACACCCGACUGACUGGACCCUCCCCCCCCCAACACCCACUUUCACUUUCACUCAAACCCUUAAAGCACUGUAUGAAUAUUUCCAACCUUGUGAUUUGUAAUCUUGUGUUUUGCUUAAUCACUGCAGCCUUCUUCAACAUCCUUUCAAGGACAAAAGCAGGCCUAUGUCUUGCUCCACUAAAUGCUCAAGGUCCCCAUUACUUAAACUUGAAAGCAGCAUUAAGUAAAAAUGCACAAUAAAAUUGAGCUUUUUGGUUUCACACAAUUGCAUAAUUCUACCCUACUGUGUUCCACCUAUUUUUGAAGAUGUUGGGAAAACUGCCUUGUAGUCAUGUUUAAAGCAAUGAUGUGUCUCCACCUUGACAGGUGCAGGCUAAAUACAGAUUAGCCAUGUUAUCAAAGUGACCUGAUACAUAAGGCACCACCCCUUAAUCCAUUUCUGAAUAUAAGUAAGGCCAGUGUCAAAAUAGCCCAAAUCCUAAUUUAAUCAUGCAAUAUACAGUAAAUACAGCUCAUUGUUUUACAUAUAAUUAAAAAAAAAAAACAGACGCCUGUGUGAUUCCUGUUCGCAGCAUACUUCAGACACUGGCGUGAUCACACACAGUGGGACCUUGUUUUAAUCAGAUUAGCAGAUUAGGAUUGUUUAUGCAGAUUACUUUAUAACCCAGAUUGAGGGAGAGGAGAGGGAUUCUUCAGCAGGAUUUCAGGGGUGAAGGACUGCUCCCUGUAAACAUCCAGAAUGCCGGUCAUAAACGUAGAUGACCUGACGGACAAGGACAAGGCUGUAAUGGAAGUAAACCAACUUAAAAUUGAAGUGAAACUUGAGAGGUGGUUGACAUCUAAAUGCUGUGAGGAAAUCAAGGAGUACAUUCAGGCUGGAGAGGAGGAGGACAUCCUCGUCAAAGGCAUUGCAGAGGAUAAGAACCCCUUCAAGGAGAAAGGUGGCUGUGUCAUCUGCUAGAUUGGACCUGAGAAGCUUUUCAUAUCUCAGAUUAGCACCCAAGGACAUUCUCCCUCCCCUCAUAAAAUGGAUUUGCAGACUGAGAAGACUAGAAGGACAUAAUAAAGAAUUUAUAAAACUUAACGAGCUCCCAUGUAAACAAUUCCCCAUCUUCUGGCCAGAUUUGUAGCCUUAUAAUUUUAUUCUUUGAAAAGAUGCAAUAAAUAAGAAUUGUAUUUGGCAACCGUAUAUAAUGCUUCUGUCUAAUGUAUAUAGUCUGAGCAAAUGGGCCCGUGUGUUGUUUCAUACAAAGAAGCAAUUGUCAUUAAAUGUGCUUGUUUACAACUC